AGUUCAGAAACUGUAAAAUCGGUGAUAUAAUGGCUAAUAGGGUUGUUCAGCGCGUCGAGGACUUGCGAGUGGAACUUCAGGACACUAUCAGAAACAUUGUUAAGAAAGAAGGAUAUAAAGAUCAUGAUAUUAAAGCAAUAAAAUUAAGAACAAAUGGCGACAAUUAUAUGGGCAGUCUCUACGAAAUAGACAUCAAGGGUGUGGUUGAAGAUGAAAAGAAAGAAACUAAUAUAUUCGCCAAAGUUAUAUUAAAUCCAGAAGUUACAACUACCGUUUGUAUUGAGGAUUUGUAUUUGAUGGAAUUGUUUGUAUACAAUGAGCUGUCGAAAAUAUUCCACGAUCUGCAAGAAGAGGCUAAAGUACCAAUCACAGAACGAUUCAACAUCGCCAGGUCGUAUCAACAGACUAAUUCUAAUAUGAUAGUAUUAGAGAACUUGAACAGAAAAGGUUUCAAGGUGUACAAUAGAUUGGAUGUGAUGCCUUUGAAGUUUGCCGAAUUAUGUAUUCAACAGCUGGCAAGAUUCCAUGGACUUUCCUUCGUCAUAGAGAAAAAAAUGCCAGAGUUCUUUAAUAAGAGAAUUAAAACACUAAAACAUCCAGUACUUUACAACGAUGAAUUAGAAAAAUUAGUGAAGCAAAACUCCGCUUACACAAUCAAUUUAUUUGAGGGUGACGAAAAAAUGAGAAUUGAGAAAUUCGCAUGCUCUAUAUUACAAAAGUUUAAGAAAUAUAACUUGGACAGAAAUUGUGUAUGCUGCAUGACACACGGCGAUUUCAGAAUAAGCAAUGUAAUGGUACGGGAAAAAGACGGUGAGGCGGUUGAAGUAGUCCCAGUGGACUAUCAGUUACUAGACUGCGGUUGUCCUAUCAGAGACUUUCUAUAUUUUAUAUUCUCUGGCACUGACCAGAAGUUCAGGCGCCAACACAUGAACCACCUUAAAGAUCUCUAUUACGACACUAUGACAAAUUUCCUAAACUAUUUUGAUAUAGCAGCCGAAGAUGUAUUUCCGAGGAAGGAGUUCGAACAGAUGUAUAGGGAACGACUGGAUUAUGGUUUGUUGAUGAUGAUUUUUGGCGCUCCUUUCCUGUUUGGUGGUGUGGAAGGUCAUGAUGUAGAGAACACGUGUUUGACCGACGUAUCAUUCGAGCCCGGCACACUCUUUGAAGAACGUGUUAGAGGCUUGAUAGAUGACUUCAUUGAAUGGGGCUUUUUGUAAAAACAUACAAAUAUUUCACUGCAGUCUUAAUAUUAAGAUUUUUAUAACAUAUUUUCAGUUAAAUCGUUAUAGCUAUCAGUAUCGGAGUGCGGAAUGAAAACUAAUUGCAAAACCCUUGUGACUAUUAAUUAUCGAACAGUGCCGGUAUUUUGUGAACGCUAUCAAGCCGCUAGUUUCAAUGUUUAUUAUAACAUGUUAUUUGUAUGAACUGGGAACGAAACACCAUUGUUCAUACGUGAUUUAUUUACAUUAACAUACAUUGUUUUAGUUUCAGCAAUAACUGGAUUUGUUUAAAAGGAAACGAGCUAAUUGUUUGUGCUUGUUAUGCUAAAUCAAAUCAAAACGUCCAAUAUAUCAUCGUAAACAGAUUUUUACAUAUUUCUUUAUCACUUUAUGGCCGUCUAACAAUAAACAUCGCUAUAAAUCUCGCGGACUCAUUAUAAAUCAUUUACGAAUGGUUGUUAUUUUGCAGAUUACAAAUAUUUAGAACUAAACACGAGAUAAAUGCCGUUAGUUCGGAUUCCGAAUCUAUUGGGCGCAUUUCUGCCUACUGAUGGGAUAGCAUAAAGUCCAGUAUACACUUAGUAGCUUUAAUAUAAUAAUUAUUUUUCUCUAUCCCUUAUAAUUUUCUAAAAAAAUUACUUAUACUUUAGAAAAACUGAUCAACCAUUCUUGUUUUUUAUUUUUGUUGUUAAAUUUUUAAUGGAUGGAUUUCUUAAUUUAUAAAACCGAAGUCAUAACUCCUCUAUAUCUUUCUAUUUAAUAUUUUUUUUUUAUAUUUAAUACAUUUUUACUCAAUACCACUCUGAGCUUUAAAAAUUUUAUCCCAAAGAAACGUGCUAAAAAUACUUAUAUCAUAAAAUAUUAAAAGGUAGAUAUAUAUAUUUGGAAACUUUUAAAAUUUACUAGUAUAAAACAAUAGAUUUUUUUGGUCCAUCAAAAUUAAUUUUCAAGACGUCACAAAAUAUAUAAGCGAAAUAACAGUUUCUUCAUUUAGGACUCGUGUGAUCACGGGCUUAUUCUAAGUUGAAGCCGGUCAUUAUAAGCUCGCACAAUACCCCAUAAUAAGUUGUGAAAUACAAACGUACAUUUAGCACCGCAUUGUUAUAUAGAUUUAAACAAAUAAUAGUUUGAGUACCGUCGGCUAUUUGAAGCGAAUCAAACAGAAAUAUAUUUAUUUAAUACUUUAAAUGUGACGCUUCGUUAUGCUCGUAAAUAGAAUGCCUUCAAUACUUUAAAAAAGCCUAAAUAUGGAAAUCGUAGUACAUAUAUAAAUUUGAUUUCAUUUCCCUUCGCUUCUGAAUAAGUUGUGCCAAUAUUUUAUAAAGCAAUGCCCAUCAAACACGUGAACCAUAGGGCAGGAGCUCCCGAGGGAAAUCAAGAAAUAGCCUUUCGACAGGUACAUUUGUUAUGUUAUGGACGGUUAUAGCUUUACU